AUGAUUCGUCAAAAAAUAUCACCAAAUACAGAGACAAUGCAAGAAUUACAUCUUAAAUAUGGUUGGAUACCAGGAGCUGAAAGUAUUCGACCUAAUUCUGAGAUCAAAGAAAAAAAAAACAAUUACAUCACAAACAUGUUAACUCGCUAUGUUAGUCUUCAAGAUUUUGUGCUACAUCGAUUUUUUGGUUUGAAAUAUAUUCUACAAGGUGAUUGGAAUAAUUCAAGAAUGCAUGUUUCCGAUACAGAAAUUUCUUCUGCUCGAAUCGCUAUGAAACAACAUUCUAAAACUCAUGAAUUUCGGCUCGUUCCUAAUUUAUUCUCUUAUCAAGUUCCAUCUGGCACAAAUCAUUAUGUUAUUUGGUUUCUUUUAAAUGGAAAUGAAUCUAUUGAUUCAACAACACAUUCACCUAUAACUGAUAAUGAAAUUAAUUCAAGUAUUGAAGAAGCUCUUCGACAAUUAUUAGGUUCUAACAAUGAUAAAUUUUCAUUUGUAUGGUAUCUCAAUCCAAAACCAACAAUUAUUUCAGAUGUUUUAUAUCAUGUGCAAGUGUUUUGGAUACCUUAA